UUGUUACUCUACUCUGAAAUCUUGGAAGGGUCUCGCAGGGAGCAUGUUACGGGUUGCUAGAAGUGCAUGCUUCAGGAAGAAAGAGGAGACCAAAUCCCCAGAAUUUUUGCAAUUACAGUGGAAUGCAUUAAGGGGGAAUGGCCUCUAAAAAUGCGUAGGGAAAGUGACAAGUAGAAAUAGUUGUCUUUUUGAUACAUCUUACUCCCAGUUCCUUUGCCUGGUGUCAGUAUUUGGGUGUUACGCCAUUUGCCCAGCAGGUUAAGUCCUUGAUUUCCAUUAGUUUCAGUAGUCAGCGUGUGCACUGUGAAUCAAAUGUACAUGGUAAACAACUAGUCUGCAAUUCCUACUGCUCCUUGGCGGGAGCUUAUUCAAUCUGUUCCUCUUGGCUAGGACUCUUAUCCUGGCUUGUGGUCUUAUUUACAGCGUGAUGGCAGAGUUAUUUCCACUCCAAAGCUCUGUAGUGAUAUUGUCUAAAUGCUUCAGGAUGAGAUAUGGCUGGGGAUCUGUGGAGAGCUGAACUUAAUUUAAAUUUCUGCAAGAGCUAUCUGUUUAUUUUCAGACAACUUUUAAAAUAAUAUAAAUUGUAGACUUCUGGGAACGGGGAUUGAAACUUGUCUCUCCUUGAGAGAUGCUGUUUGGUCUUCUGAGCCAUUAUGGGAAUACCCUACUCCUGGACCUCAUAGAGCUCCCUGAAGAUGCCUGACUCAUACUGCUUCAAACUGCCUGGACAUUUGCUGUUUAACUGCUGAAGCUUUCAUACCAUUUGCUUUUCUUCUGAAGCCUUAAUCUACUGAGGGAUCAGAAUUGGCUGCUAUGGAAUCAAGACCAACUAAAACAUGAGAUGUAUUCAAGAUGAUCCAGCCAGAAGACUUUUCACUUCAUAGAAAUCUUACUUCUGGUUAAUAUGUAACAUAAUUUGACAGAGCCAAGUUCAAUUACUUAUCUUGAAAUUAAGACACGCCUGUGGCCUUUAUCAGAAAUGUUUCUAACAUUUUCAAGAAAAAAUAUGUCCCAGAGACUGAGUAUGUUUUUACUAGUUUUUGGGAUCAUUUGGGGUUUGAUGUUGCUACGCUACACUUUCCAGUAUCCAAGACGCCAAAGCAGUGCCGAGUUGCGUGGACAAAUACUAGAUCUAAGUAAAAGAUAUGUCAAAGCACUGGCAGAAGAAAAUAAAAAUUUAAUGAAUGGUGGUGCUGGAGCCUCUAUGGCAGGAUAUGCUGAUCUUAAGAGAACAAUUGCUGUUCUUCUGGAUGAUAUCUUACAACGCCUCGUGAAAUUGGAAAACAAAGUUGAUUACAUCGUUGUGAAUGGCUCUGCAACAAAUACCACUAACGGAACUAGCAAUCAGGUGUCAGUAACUUCAAAUAAACGUGCAAAACCAGCAAGCAACAUUAGAUAGCAAACAGGGCUGUUUUGUGUUGCCACAUCUCUGAUAGGUAAUAUUUAAGAUAAGCUUUUGAUCUCUGGCUAGGGCAAAGCAGUAGUUGACUUUCUAAAAGUGUAAACUAUUCUGUUAUGCAAUGUGCUGGAUCUAUGUAGGCCUAACUUAUGUGCACAGGCUCUCAAAGCAUUAUUUCAUUGCCUUUGAGCAGUACUUCUGAAGUGAUCUUUGUUGUCUUUCAAGAUAUUUUGAUAUUAUGAUUUGAUGUAGUAUGCCAUUGGAUAAUAACAAUAAAUGGAAAGCAAUGGGCAACUUAUUGAUAGGUUUAUAAAUAUAUUUAUUUAAGUAUAAAUAUAACAUAUCUUUUGGAUAGGUGAGCAGUAUUGUAGCUUAUUCAUUUUUUGUGAUCUGCGUUAAGCUGAGGUAACUGAGAAAAACACAUUGUUAAACAAAUGUUAGAAAAUGUGUAUACCUAUAAUAUUUUGUUACUCAUUUACUAAAAUAAUAUUGAGGAUAGCAUUGGCAGUAAUAUUUUAAAAUUGUGACCCAAAGAAUGUCUUUAUUUGCACUAUCUGUCAGAAUAGCUAGAGAGAAUUUACUGUAUAUUUAAGAAAACUAUAGUAGGAAAACAUCCUAGGUAGUAACACUGUCCAAGUAUAUCUUUAUGCCAGAGUUAGGGCAGUUAGAUUAUCAAAAGCAAAUCAUAAUCUGUGAUAUCUUAGAUGAUUAUUUCUUACAAAGAUAUUUAAGUGUAUGUAUUUUGUAAUUGCAGAUAAAAUUAUUUAAGUGAUGGAAAUAAGUAUUGGAUAUGUGAAUACUGUUCAUUGCUGUUUCUUUUUAACUACUUAGUACCUUGCUAUUUGUGAUGAGUAUAGCACACCAUCACUCUGAAUUGCUUUUUUUGAUCAGGAGGAAAAGCAAUGAAGGGAAACAAGGCAUCUCUGCAUUUAACAGAGAUGUAUGUACUAAGGGUAUCUUACAGAAUGUUUGAGAGCUAAGGUGAUGUUUGCCUUAUGUCUAAGUUAGCCUUACAGCAAAGUGAAUUGCAGUGUUGAUGCACUGUAUUUCAAAACAUUACUGAAGUCAUAUUAAAGAGAAAGUGCCACUGAGCCUCUUUUUUAAAAUGUACUGAAUGUCUGGGGGGGAGGGCAGGUAUAUUCAGGGACUUCUGCCAAAAGUGUGCUGUGAGUGGGUUUUUGGGGUGGGUGGGGGUGGUCUAAGCCUAUAUUAAGGAAAAAAAGCCCACCAGGAAAACCAGAGGUGCUGGAUAAUAUACCAUCCACAGUUAUGUGUUUCUUCUUUUUUCUAUUUCCCUGCUGAUAUUCUGAACUGUUACAAAGGAAAAAUAAACUUAACCUUAGUUGUGACAGGAAAAAAAUCAUCUGAUACUGUCAUGUGUAAAAAUGUACUCACUUCAAUGCAGAAGGAGAAAAAUAAAUUUUUAAUUGUACUUGUAAA